GUUAGCUGGAUCGUUAAAUUAGUGAGUUGGUAUGGUUUAUUGUAAUGUAAAAAUUUCAGUUUCUAAUUUUAGUGUAGCUAGCUCUUCAACCAGAUUUUCUUUUCAUGACCAAUGGCAAGACUUGUCCGAUGAUAUGAGAGCAUUCGAAAGCUGCGUUUUGUCCUUUGUCCUGCUGCUGUUCGUAGACUUGGCUGAUUCUACGAAAUUCAAGAUAGCUUACAAGGACAGCAAAAGCAAACAAGUGAAAGAGUCUCACCCUGUGAAAAGGGCUUCUUUAGUCCAGUGUGCUGCUCAUUGCCUAAGGAAGGACGAUUGUGACGGAUUCAGCAUAGAUAGUUCCCGGAUCUGCCGGAUUCUGAAGGGACAAAUUGAGGAGGGACAGUGUCCAGGAGAUGGAUGCGAGAAUAGGAAAGGUUACUCCGUUUUUAAAAAAAACUUAUAGAAGAGAAAAUUACGCUCCCUAAGAAUUCAAGGAUAUGAGACUUGACCUUGGAGCCAAACAUUUGAAGGACAAGUCCUCAUUUAAAUUGCCUGUAAUUCAUCAAGGACAUUUGUUAAAAAAAAGGAAAAUGUAUCGUUUUCAUCACGUUGCCAUAUAAGCCGCAGCAAAUAUUCAACUGAAAAUAUGCGCAUUCAAUUGAAGAAAUCUAUUUCAAUUUGUUUUAUUAAAUAAUUUCAUUCAAUUAAACAUUAAAAUGUGCGUUUCUCGUACGAAUAUGUUGUUAAUGUGUGUAAAUAUUUUGCAAAUAUGAAUGCUUUUCAACUUAUGUACAUUCCAAUGGAAAUAACACCACCGCACU